GGCCAGUAUGAGGACUGUGUGCUCAUUCCCCGGUUGUAAUUCGGGAAGUGCAAGUGAUAAAAAGAGAAAUAAACAACAUGGGGUACGAAAUAAAGCAAUGUUUGGAUUUCCACAAACCGACAAAAAACCGUUUAUUCGACAUAAGUGGGAAGAAGUUAUAGGUCGUAAGGCAAAAGAUACCGAAGUUCUUUGUGAGUUGCAUUUUCGAUCAGAAGAUGUAUUGAGAAGUUAUGAAGUAUUUCUCCCCAAUGGGAUCAAACACACCAUGGACCGAGGAAGAAUCACCAUAAAGCCAAGUGCAAUUCCACAAAAUAACCAAGGCAAUAUCGUAUGUCCUGAAGACAAUAUCUGUGAGAAAGAGAACAUUGGACCAGCGAAUCCCCAAGAGGUGAGAAAAGGAGAGCCAAGCAUACCAGAUGUCAUUAUCGACCAACUAGAAAUUCAGUCAUCCAAAUUAGCCAUGGAUGCAUCAAACGAGGCAGACAAUCGAAUCACAUCAGAUCAGACAUAUUGGAGCCAGAAGUCCAAUUAG